AUGGAAAGUUAUGUGUUGAUGGCCAUUCUGUUGGCUGUUGUGUACCUUGUUCAGUACAGAAGCUCUCCCAAGAUUCCAUCAAGUAUACCACGACUACAAGAUCCAUCGUUCGUACCGUUCAAACUCUACUGGCGCUAUCUGACAGACUGUCGACGCUUGUUCCUCGAAGCAUACGAGACGCUUACCAAGGAUGGCAAAACCUGUGUUCUGCCCAGUAUGGGUUUCAAAGAUGAGAUCCAUCUAGCCCAUCAUCACACGCAGUGGGCAGCUUCACAGCCAGAUGGCGUUCUCAGCCCCUUCGAGGGUUUUCGUGAGAUCGACAAAGGAGAUUGGAACUCUGGCCAUGCUAGUUACAUCCAAGAUCCAUGGCAGAGCAUUGUUAUCAAGAAGGAGAUGGGUCGCUUUCUGGAGAUACUCGCUUCUGAUGUGGACGAUGAGCUCAAGUAUGCUUUGCCUGAGUACCUGAAACCUGACAAAAACGGCGAGGUCGAUGUCUAUGAGGCCAUGAAAUGGAUCGUGGCUCAAGUCUCUAGCCGUUUCACUGUUGGCCUUCCUCUCUGCCGUGAUAAGUCUUACCUAAAAGACUCGCUCGCUUUUGCAGAUUUGUUCAUUCUGAAUUCCGGUCUUUUAAUUUACACACCUUCACUCUUGAAGCCACUGGUCGGAUUCCUCGUCACUCUUCCUACGAGGUACAGACGAUGGAGAAUCCAAAAUCACAUCCAGCCCAUGUACAAGGAACGCAGCGAGCGUCUACUGAACCCCGAGCUUUAUGAAAAGGGUGAUGAGCCAACAGACAAUCUUCAGAUGAUGAUGAGAUACGCCAUCAGCAAAUAUGGCAACCAAGUCACUCCCUCUCAAAUCUCUGAUAGGCUCUGCCUAGCGAACCUUGCAUCCUUUCACCAGACUGCUGUGGCAAUCAGCAACGUUUUGAUUAACAUUGCUGCAUCAAAUGAAGAGUUCAACACCAUCGAAGUCAUUCGAAAGGAAAUGGCCGAUGUUCUUGGUCAAAAGGGCGUGUUCGACAAGGCCUCUUUGUCGAAAAUGAUUCAGACAGACAGUGUUCUACGAGAGUCUAUGAGAACACACGGAUUUGGAAAUAGAGCCAUGAUUCGCAAGGUUGUUUCACCAGAUGGCGUGAAAACACCAGACGGUCAAACUCUCCCCAGUGGUUCAACAAUGUCCAUUCUCUCGUAUCCCGUCCACAAUGACCCAGCAAUCUACGAACACCCUGAGAAAUUCAACCCCUUCAGGUUCUCACAGAUGAGAGCCGAUGGAAGCAAUGCGCCUCUGUCAUUUGUGUCUACCUCUUCUACAUAUUUACCUUUUGGUCAUGGAAAACAUGCUUGUCCGGGACGGUUUCUGGUGGACUUUGAGAUGAAGAUGAUUCUGUACCACGUCCUGAAGGAAUUUGAUAUUGAGCUUCUUCCAGAGCAUAAUGGCGUACGACCGGAGAGUCAAUGGGUUACAGAGGCUGUUAUGCCGCCUGUAGGUGUUAAGCUGCGAUUCAAGAAGCGACAUUUUGCAUGA